UGUGGGGGCUCCUGGUGUCUGGAGGCGGUGAAGUAUACUCCGAGAGAGAGCCGCCGGGUGUAGGAGAGGGUUUCUGAGCGUCUUCUGACAGGCUUUCUCCCUGUUUCCCUGAAGCGUGUUGGGCGAAUCUUUCUGGGAGGGUUUCCAGAAGGAAAGGGGCCGCUGGCGCGAUUGGGUCGUGACAGACACCCGGGAUGGCUGCUUGAGGCACCACAGCUUGGGCCAAGGGGUGACGGAGCUCGAUUGGCAUUUAGAUAAACAGGUAUGCUGUGUAUAAAAGUGAAUAUUUUCCAUGAUAUAUGAAAAUGGCCAAUUCUUUAAGAGGAGAAGUAUUGAAUCUUUAUAAAAAUCUGCUGUACCUUGGACGAGACUAUCCAAAAGGAGCAGACUAUUUUAAAAGGCGUCUGAAGAAUGUUUUCCUUAAAAACAAAGAUGUGAAGGAUCCAGAGAAGAUCAAGGAACUUAUUGCACGGGGUGAAUUUGUAAUGAAAGAGCUAGAAGCCUUAUAUUUCCUUAGGAAAUACAGAGCUAUGAAACAACGGUACUAUUCAGAUGCCAAUGAAACUAAGUGAUCAUUACUAUAAUUUGACUGAAAAUCAAUGCCAGCUGUUUAUAACAAAUAUCAUAAAAAUAAUUCUAACUUAAAAUGACAAUACAUGUCAACUAAAAAACACCUAGGUUGCUUUACUGAACUAAAACAGGUUUCAACUUCUAUUCAUACUGAGGGCUUUAUCAGCAACCGUUUAUGCUCAAUUUUUAUAAUAAAAUAGCAACUUAGCUACAUAAUGUUGCCAACUACCAAUUAUAAAUUAAUGAGUACCCAAUGUUGAAUGAAAAGAUAAUGUACUUAUUUUUUUAACAAUAGGUUUUUGCCAAUUAUUCUUAGCCCAUUUCUCAAUUUUACCAAUGCCACUUAAUUCACAUUUAACUAGGCAAAGUAAUUUCUUGCACAUUUAUUCCCUUAACUUUUGAAGGAGUAUCUUAUUUUUGACCCCAUUUGGUACAUUAGCAAGGUUCACUACAAAAGAAAUAGCACCUGGUCAUGAUUUAAGUGCAGUUAUAGAAAUAGUUAAUAUAUAUGGAGUAAGAUUACUUCUGAUCUUGAAAUACCCUACCAACGACUGGCAUUAUAUACAUACCUAUUCAGCAUUUCCCUUAGUUUGCUGCUGGCUCCCUUUGGGCCUUAAAACACAUCGCCUGUUGUGUAUCAAUUACCUUCUUUGAUAAAAAGCAAUAAAUAAUAUUAUAUUCUUUUGUCAUAAAGGCAGAUCUAUAUUGCAUCUACUUCUAAAUGAGUUAACAUGGCAACGGACCUAAAACCAAAGAAGGUCUCAGGUUUAAGCAAAAACUUAAACCUUUAUGUAAUGUUCACAGCACCUUUCAUAAAUAAAGAAUAUUUGUAAUUUA